AAUAGUAUCACAAAGUUAUAAAUUGUUUUCUAUUGAAUUUUAACAGAAAAACUAAAACAAUAUUAUUAAUAAUUAUUAUUUAAAUUAUAGAUUUGCAAAUCUCUCAAAUAUACAAUGCAGUCAUCAGUUAAAUUAGUAAUCUUAUUGAUGUCGAUGUCAUUAAUGUCAAUGAUUGAUAAUACUAGAAGUGAUGAUCAAUAUGUGCCUAAAGGUAUAGCCGUAAUAAAGUCGAAUACAGUGAAUGGUUUGGUUUGUUUCCAACAAUCGGCCGACGGGUCAGUGGUUACGGUCAGAAUUAAUGUGACUGGUUUGGUGCCCAGCGGUAAUCAUGGUUUCCAUGUCCACCAAUUUGGUGAUCUCAGCAAUGGCUGUAUGAGUACCGGAUCGCAUUUCAACACCAAUAACUAUACUCACGGAGCGCCUACCGAUUCAAUGAGACAUGUGGGAGACUUAGGCAAUAUUGUGGCCGAUAAUGACGGCAAAGUUGUGAUGGCUUUGAAUGACACUCAAAUCAAACUGAGCGGUCAAAACUCAAUCAUUGGACGAGCCGUUGUUUUUCACGCUAUGGCAGAUGAUCUCGGAAAAGGAACGGGAGAUAAGGAGUCGGAAAGUAAAAAAACUGGUAAUGCUGGGGGACGGGUAGCUUGUGCUGUCAUCGGUAUUGCUAAAGUAUAAUAUAUUAAUACAAUA